CAGGCGUACAAUCAUUUUUUAAGAGGUCUAAAAGAAGAAGUGUCACUUGUUUGAGAUCUGGGCUGUAUAACAUAUUAUCCUAGUGAUGGUAGAACAUUAAGUUAGUUUGUUUUUGUAGCUUAUUGGUUGUUUUGUAGUACGUUAAAAUAUGACGUUUUCUUUCCUCAUCAGUAGCUGUUAGUGUUUGAGUUUUCAGAAAGCAGUGCAGAACAGCUGGAGCGCUCUAGGACCUGAAGAUGUAACCUGUAUUGAUUAUAAAAUGAAUGGAUCAGACCUUCAGUCAGCCAUGGCUUCACAGGACUCAUCGGGGACAGCGAGCAGAGCUUUGGCAGCUGAUCCUGGAUCGAUAUGUUGAAACAGGCGGCUGCAGAUGUCAUCGUCGCUUCCUGUGUGAAUCUCCCUCCUACGUCGCUUCACAAGCCUGUCGCUUUGGACACGUAGCUGUAACUUUACACUGCAGGAGGACACUUUCCACCGCUGCCAUGUCGAGGUCCAGCCGCAGGUACAACAAGUCUCUGCAGCAGAGCGGCGGGUCUCUCCCCGCUUGUGACCGGAUGCGGAUUCCCCGAGCCCGUGUCCUUCUGCUGGGUCUCCUCAGUGUCCUGGUGCUGGCUGUGGUGCUGAGUGUCUACCUGUCCAACGACACCUCCGGCGGACACGUGGGCCGCCUGCCAGCCGUGGAUCUAGUGAAAGAUAGGCUGUCCCACAAACCCAGUAAAGUCUCUGCAGCUCAGAUCCGCCGCCUGGCCUCUUUAGUAGAUGCCGCUCGCUUGUGGGAGACUCACCUGCGGCCGUUCCUAAUAGAGAGGCUCCCAGGGACGCAAGGCAGCCUGGCAGUACAGCAGCAUAUCACCUCCACCCUGUCCUCGCUGUCGGCCGGCUGGUCUGUAGAUCUAGACUCCUUCCAUUCUCCGACCCCUCGUGGCCAGGUCACCUUCACCAAUGUGAUUGCCAUUCUGGACCCCACAGCCCCACGGAGGCUCCUCGUGGCCUGCCACUAUGACUCGAAAGUCCUUCCUCCAGACCCACGGACUCCAGACAGGGUGUUCCUGGGGGCCAGUGACUCUGCUGUGCCCUGUGCUAUGAUUUUGGAACUGGCGGCUUCUCUGGAUGCACAGCUCAGAUCUUACAAACACCAGAAACUCCCAGUCACCCUGCAGCUUGUGUUUUUCGAUGGUGAGGAGUCGUUUGAAGAAUGGACAGCCACAGACUCGCUGUACGGGUCUCGUCACCUUGCUGAGCUCAUGGCCAACACACCCCACCCUGCAGCCUCCUCUCUUGCCACCACGCUCCAGGCCGUGGACCUUUUUGUGCUGUUAGACCUCCUUGGUGGUCCCGAUCCACUGAUUGCUAAUCAUUUUGACAACACGGCGCGAUGGUUUGACCGACUGAUUUCUGCAGAGAAAAGGCUUCACCGGCAGGGUCUCCUGAUGUCUCACCCCUCAGAGCAGACGUAUUUUAGGAAGGACGUUUACCUUGGACCUGUUCAGGAUGACCACAUCCCCUUCCUUCACAGAGGUGUCCCCGUAUUGCACAUCAUCCCCACUCCCUUCCCUCAGUUCUGGCACACACUGGACGACACAGAGGAGAACAUGCACCAUCCAACCAUAGAGAACCUCACUAAGAUCAUGAUUGUGUUCCUGGCAGAGUACCUGGGCCUCUGAACUGAAAAUAAUAGAUACCUCUGAUAGAGGUCUAAGCAGGAGGAACGAGAAAUAGCCAGCUACCAAACAAGGCUCUGAUCAAACUGAACCAGAAAGGUCAGAAACUGAAGCACUGUCCUUGCUGGGUCAGCAUCAGUUUCAUGUGAUGAGUCGGACCUCUUGUUUAAAUGUCCUCUGAAGCAAAUGGGAAAAGGCCUUAGCAGCCUUAAUAAUUUACCCCAUCAAUAUGAAGAAGAUGCACUUUAUCUUCUUAAAGACAGACUUGGACUGAGCUGAGCUGCGGUGAUCUCUGGUCAAGCUGUGAAGAUAGUGGGUGACAUGGAGCUCAUAUCUCGGAAUAAUUUCUCCUGCCUUUGCCUUCAGAUCAGUGAAGAUCUUUUUGAGCUGCUUUGAGGUGCAUUAUCUAACGUUUUCAAAAUCUUUACUGUAAAAGUCCUACAUGUGUUUUUUUUGUUGUUUUUUUUAACACAAGGUUAGACCAUCCGGAAGUUCAGAUCAUUUUAUUUAUUUAUUUCUACCAUCUGAAGUCAACAAGUUACACUUUGCUCAUGUCGAAUAUUUCACCAGCAUUGUCCUUGAAAUGAGCUCAACAUCCGGUUUGUUAUAGUAUUCUGUUGCUGUGUAUAAACACAUCAGCCCAUAGGAAUCAUAUUUAAUGUUGCCGAUUUUAAUUGUCUGUCUUGUGUUGGGUUUAGUGUACGUCCUUGUACUAUGUCUGUUCCUUGUUUUGUUUGUGAAUAAAAGUUUAACAGUUA